AAGCCGUUCCACAGAAACUGCGUCGUAUUUUGUGUAUCCAGAAGCCCCUCUCCCUCCCUCUCUCUCUCCCCUUGACGUGUCAUGACGGCGCCGAGGCCACCGUCUGGUCGAUCACGGUCGCUCCGAGAUUCUUCGGAGUCGGAUAAGAUGGAAGGUACCGGUAGCUGGGACGCGCUUGAGUGGACCAAAAUCGAGCCAGUUUCGCGGUCCGUUUCUUUUGAGAAUUUGGAUUGCUUGCUUGAAGCAGAGAAGGUUAUCGUCGAGGGUUAUGGAGUCGUCCUCAUUAACACUGAUGAAGCUGGGACCCUGUUGGUGACCAAUUUCCGUAUUCUUUUUCUGAGUGAAGGAACCGGACAGAUUAUUCCACUAGGUACGAUUCCGUUGGCGACUAUUGAGAAGUUUAACAAAACGAUGCAGAAAAGCCAAUCAAAUACUCGUCAGUCUGACAAAUAUCCGCCAAGACGUCUUUUACAGGUCACCGGCAAAGACAUGAGAAUAAUUGUUUAUGGUUUUCGCCCUCGAACCAAACAGAGACGCGCUGUGUUUGAUGCCUUGUUGAUGUGUAGCAAGCCAGUGAGAAUCUGGGAUCUUUAUACCUUUGUCUGCGGGUGUUCGAGAUUCCGUAACACGAACCCCAAGGAAAGAUUGCUGAAUGAAUAUUUCCGUCUUCUCGGAAGAAGUUCGUUACGAGCAUCGAUGGAUAUGAUCGAAGAUGGAUCAUUCACAUUUUCCAAUGAGUUGUGGCGGAUAACCGACUUAAACUCCAAUUUUAACUUGUGUCCGACUUACCCGUUUGCUUUGAUGGUUCCAAGAUCCAUAAGUGACGAAGACCUACUCCAGGCAUCUACUUUCCGGGCAAGGUGCCGCUUACCUGUGAUAACGUGGUGUCAGCCAGGAGGUGGAGCUGUGCUUGCACGCUCAUCCCAACCUUUAGUUGGUCUUAUGAUGAACAUGAGGAGUAACUAUGAUGAGAAGCUUGCUGCUUCAUUCUGCACCCAACUAGGUGAUCAUAAGGGAGCGCGAAGGAAGCUUUAUAUCGCAGAUGCAAGACCUAGGAAAAAUGCGUUAGCAAAUGGAGCAAUGGGAGGGGGCUCAGAAUCUUCUUCAAAUUAUUUUCAAUCUGAAAUUGUUUUCUUUGGAAUAGACAACAUACAUGCGAUGAGAGAGAGCUUCUCCCGGCUGAGAGAUUAUUUAGACAUGCACGGUACAACAUCAUCCGAUGGGGUGUCAUCAUUCUUGAGACAUGGUGAUUGGACGUGGGGAGGAGGUAAUCUCAGUAGUAUGUCUGCAUCAGUAUCUACACUCGGAGAUAGUGGUUGGCUGAUACAUGUCCAGAGCAUCUUAGCUGGUGCAGCAUGGAUUGCUGCACGUGUUGCCAUGGAGUCCGCAUCUGUUCUUGUGCACUGCAGUGAUGGGUGGGACCGAACAACUCAGCUGGUUGCUCUUGCAUGCUUAUCGCUUGAUCCAUACUACAGGACAUUUGCUGGGUUUCAGGCUCUUGUCGAGAAGGAUUGGCUAGCCUUUGGACACCCAUUUUCAGAUCGUGUUGGAAUGCCUAAUAUAUCAGGAUCUGGUAUCGAAUUACCAAGACAGUCUUCUUCUUCUUCUGCUGGAAGCUAUCCUUCAUCUCCAGCUCGGCAGUCUUCAGCAGCGAUGGCUUCUCAAUCUUCUAGCUCUUCCCACGGGCAGAACAACUUUUCUCCAAUAUUUUUGCAGUGGGUUGAUUGUGUUGCACAGCUAUUGCGGAUGUAUCCUUCUGCUUUUGAGUUUUCUUCGACUUUCCUGGUAGAUUUCAUGGACUGCGUGCUUUCAUGUCGUUUUGGAAACUUCUUGUGCAAUAGUGAGAAGGAGAGGCAACAAUGCGGGAUUCCUGAAUCGUGUGGGUGCAUGUGGGCGUACUUGGCCGAUAUACGUUCAUCCGUUGGAACGUCUCAUGUCCACAUUAAUCCCUUUUAUGAUCCUUUGAGAUAUAACGGCCCUUUACUUCCUCCCGCAGCAGCUCUUGCCCCAACCAUCUGGCCUCAGUUCCACCUUCGUUGGGCCUGCCCCAUGGAGGCUAGUGCUACAGAAAUCGAGUUCCAGUGUAGAGCCAUGGCAGUGAAGUACUCUGAAACGCAGAAGGAGAAAGAAGCAGUGGAAAAGAAGGUCGAGGAGAUGGCUUGUGCAAUGGAGUCGUUGGGUGCAGAGUUGAUAAGAGAGAGACAGCUGAGCUGCUCGGCUAGAGAAUCUGAAAACAGAGCAACAAAGGAAUGUGCAGCGAUAAAACGAGUCGUCCAAUCAUUGGGAUGCAAGGUUAACUUCACAAAGACCGGGGAUUGCACAGUUGACGUCGAGAGCAACCCGCCAAUGUUCUCUCACUCCCCUCCAAAGAGACCAUCCGAGAACCACAGGCAAUGGGAUCGGGAUGGCGACUCGGAUGUAUCGGGAAAUAGUCCCGAGAAUCUUGUAAGCAGAGUUUGCGAAGGUUUCUGCCCGUUAGGUACGCGAGAGGGAGGAUGCAGAUGGCCGGACGCAGGUUGUGCCCAGCUGGGAAGCCAGUUUGUCGGGUUAAAAGCCAACUUCGACGCGUUAAAUCGGGUCUCCAUCUACGACAGCUACUUCCCAUCCGAAUGAAAAAGCUUCACAAGUCACAACACAGACCCACAUUUCGACGGAAGCAAUAAGCACUGACAGGACUCCGGACGGAGAGAGAAAGAGAAAUUCGUGGAUAAGAAUCUCCGUGGAAACAGCGGUUAGCGAUUAGCGACAGCAACAGCGUCACAGCGUUUUAGAAUGGAGGUCUGGAUCUUAGGAUUUGUAUAGCAAAAGCAGGAAGAAUGUAAAGGGAAACGAGAGGCUCAUAGGGAAUGACUGUCGCCUAGAAGACACUCACGGUAUCUGAAGCAAUGUCUCAUCUCUGGUAAGAAGAUAUUUAACUCUUUUGUUAGAAUUCCGAUUCUUUUUGUUUUGGGGAUUAUCAGUAAGAUUGUUAUGUCAUGUGGAGUCAAGGGAUGUUUCUGUAAAAUACCAUUUUUGCCCCCCCCCCCCAAUGUUUGUGGGUGGGAAUACUCUCUGUAUAAUGGAAUAAAGAUAAUAAAUGGUUAAGUUUCUGUUUUUGGCCGUUUUCAA